GGCAGCUCUUCAUUUUGGGUCAGUCUCGCCAUGCACGGACCGGACUACUUAAAGGGAAGCGCCCUUCGGCUGGGGGCCUUAUUCGCCGUCAUCUCCUGCAAAGCGCCACAGCUUCCAGAUAAGCCGCUUGAUCGCACAGCCGGCCAUCCACAGAGCCCGCUGAGAAAAGAAGAGGAACUGCAACGAGAAGCCGCUUCCUCCUUCACGACACCUCGCCGCUUUUUAAUGCUCUAAUUACAGGAGGAAGGGAAAAGGAAAAGGGCUGCGCCACCUGGACCGGGCUGCGGGCAGAACGCAAAGCCAGAGGGGUCGAUUUGCGAACAGCAGGAGUUGGAGUGCAGGGAGCCAGCUUUUUAUCUGGAAGCCUUCCUUAAAUCGAAACCCAGAUCCUGGAUUGCAGCCCUGCUAGAGGCAAAACUCCGAAGGUCUGCUGCGGGGAGAAAUCCACCCGCCGGAUCGGCUCGAGAUGGAAAGCAAGGAAGGCGAACCUCGAGGCGUCCCAGAGGCUGACACACCGCAGGCAGGCGCAGUGAUGAUUCCAAAACUUCCUAGGCUGGAGUUCAGCCUCGCCUGCAGAGAACUCGCGGCGCCCGCCCGAGAGAGGAAACCCAACGCGGUCGUGUACGCGUCUGUGGUGAGCGAGCAGCAGAGGAGCGCAACGGCGUACUCCAGCACUGAAGUUGUGGAGGGAACAAGAGACCCUCUUUUCUUGACUGGCGUGUCAUUCCCCCCGGAUUACCCCAUUGGCGAGGAAACCCGACUGAAGCUGUCUGUCUACGAUGUCAGGGAGAAGUCACAGGAGACGAGGACGUUUCUGGGCUGUGCGACGUUCUCAGUAGACGACCUGGUGAAAUCCAAGGAGCAGCAGUUAACGCUUAGCCUCAGAAGCCCCGAUGGUACGAACACAGCGGGCACCAUAGUGGUGAACUGUCUGAAGAUGGGGGAGAUAGAGGAUGGAGAUGUCGAGCAAAUCUCCACAGAAGCCCAGGAACACAAGCACCCCUCGAUAUGCGGGUCGAUGUCACUUCAAGGAUUCAAGGACAGAGACGGUGGCCCCUUGAUGAACGCAGUUUUUAAAAACCCCGUGUGCAAAGUGUUCAGAUUUCAGACAGCAGAUGGCCAGUGGAUGUUUAUUCGGGAGCUGAUGGCAGAAUGCACUUUAUCCUUCAACAUCCCCAAGCAGCUGAUUAACCUCUUCAUACAGGAGGACAUGCAGAGGAUACAAGACCUGAAGGAGCUGGGGGAGCUCUCACCCCACUGGGAGAAUCUCCGCAAGGAAAUGUUGGGCCAGUACGGCCAGGUUAUCAGCUGCUACCAUGACAUCCUGACCGAACUGAACAAGAUAACAGGACCGAACUUUAAGCCAAGCUGCAGUAAAGGAGAGAAAUAUUUAGAAUUCAUCCCCAUUAAUCUUCACACUCAGAGGAUGAGAGUCCAGUGUCCCAGGACAAAAGAUGCAGCUUACGAUAUCAUCACCGUCGGAGCCCCUGCAGCACACUUUCAGGGAUUUAAAAAUGGAGGUCUGCAACGGCUGAUGGCGAGAUUUGAGUCCGACAAGAAAACCUUCAACACGACGUACCAGUGCAUCUACUACACCCCGGAGAACACCGCCAAGGCCAAGGAGGUGCUGAGCGACAUCGGCCUGCUGCAACCCCUCAUCUCCAGCCUGGCCGACCAGCUGCUCCAGAGUGCCGAGCAGCGCUGCUCAAGCCGUCUCACCGAGACGUUGAAGGCCAUGUCUGACAAAACAGAGCAGUUUGUACACGUGCUGAAAGAUGAACUGGUCAAGAACGCACUGCUGGCCCUCUACACCGCCCGACCUGGCUACGUCUCCAAAGGAAAUUCGCCCGUGUGCAACAAUGUCGGCGCAAAUCAGACCUCGCCCAAGGAGCGGUGCCAGUCAACGUUAAAGCGCCAAGACUCCAUCCCCCAGCAUUCAGAAUAUGAUGAUGAAGAAUGGGACCGGGUUUGGGUGAACGUGGCUCAGAGCUUAAACUGCAUCAUCGCCCUGGUAGACAGACUAAUGGAGCACGAGAAAAAGGAACAGGACUGUGAAUCAACUGACCCCCCACCAGAAGACUCUGUCGUCUCCCAUAAUAACGCCGACUGGCAUGAACAGCUGUACCCGCUGGUGGUCACCCUAAAGGAGUGCAUCCAAGAAGUUGUCGAGAGAGCCAAGAAGUCCAUGGCGUUUGUUCUUCUUCAGGAAUCUGCUUGCAACCUACCUCAAGGCCUCCUGCUCAAGCAGAGGAGGGACUUUGUCUUCAGCCAGGCGCUUUCUGCCUUGGCCUGUGGGUUCGUCAUGAAACUGUACGCCGGCCUGGACGACAAAGGCUUCUUGCAGCAGCUGCACACGGUCGGCAUCAUCGGGCAGUUUGAAAGUCUCCUCAGUACUUACAGUGAAGAGAUUGGAAUGCUGGAGGACAUGGUGGUUGGCAUUUCAGACUUGCGAAGGGUGACAUUUAGAAUCGCGGAAGCCAAAUCUGAUGAGCCCAACGAGCUGCAGCCAGUUGUCACCGGAAGGCGGGACCAUUACACCGUCCAAGUGCCGUUACCUCGAGAGGCUUUCGAGUCGUUACCUGAGGAGAUCAAGGAAGGCGGCCCCUUACACGUGCACCCGGUGCUCUUUAACGUGGGCAUCAAUCAGCAGCAGACACUCGCCGAGAGGUUUGGCGACAUCUCUCUGCAAGAAAAAAUUAAUCAAGAAAACUAUGAAAUUUUAAAAGAAUAUUACAGGUUAUUAAGUGAAAAGGUGCCAGCAGAAUGUUUACCACAGUUUCAUGUACAGACAGAAGUCAAAGAAUUACUUGAAACCCUUUAUCAGAAUAUUCACUUGAAGAAGAGGAAGAAUGUGGAGAUCCUAUGGCUGGCUGCAACGAUCUGCCGGAGGCUGAACGGGAUCCGCUUUACCAGCUGUAAAAGUGCCAAAGACAGAACGUCGAUGUCGGUGACGCUGGAGCAGUGCACCCUGCUGAGAGACGAGCACAACCUGCACCGGGACCACUUCAUCCGCGCCCUCGACUGCAUGCGCAGAGAAGGAUGCCGGAUUGAGAACGUGCAGAAGAACAUAAAAUGCAGAAAGUACGCCUUCAACAUGCUGCAGCUGAUGGCCUUCCCAAAGUACUACCGGCCCCCGGAGGGGACCUACGGCAAGGUGGACUCUUGAUGGGACGCCCGUUCUCCCAGAUGGCACUUUCCUUUUCUCUGCCUAGCAGGCGGGUAUAAAUGGACGUCAAGUGUUCGACACCCCAAGAGAGAGCCGGGGGGCAACCAGGGGUGAUUUACUUGAGGAAAAGGCAAACAGAGGGGGUCAUGUGAUGUUCGGCGUUGCCUUUUUGGUCUCCCUGUUUUUUUAUGAACAUUUUGUACAGUGCAAGUGUUGUUAUUUAAAACAGAAAUGUCAGCGGUGUGGUUGGCAUUUUGUGACGCUAACUGACAGAUCCAGGGCCUCUGCCACCUUGUGUGACAGUCCACGCCAUUAGUGCAUUGUGCCCAGCUGGACGUCUGCUUUAUCGGUGGCAUUGACGUUGUUAAACACCGGAGGACGUCUUAUAGUUCCUGAGUGAUGUUGUCACAAUGUCACAUCUUAGUGUGACUCAUGGUAACUGUUGAUAGACGGUUUAAAAGAAUUUCAAUAAGCUGUCCCCACUGAACGGUACACACCUUACAUAGCAUGGCGUUAGACAGUCGGCACAACGUUUUAGGAAUUAAGGUUCUGAUCCACCACGUCGUCACAUCCCAGUUUGACCCGUGAUCUCUUUCAUCCAGCCAUCCAUUCUCCAGCCCGCUAUAUCCUAACUACAGGGUCACGGGGCUCUGCUGGAGCCAAUCGCAGCCAACACGGGGCGCAAGGCAGGAAACAAACCCCCGGCAGGGCGCCAGCCCACCGCAAUGAUCUCUUUCAGCGGACUGUUAAAAUUCUUUCGAGGAUUUUUUUUUGUUGAACAUAUUUAACAUCUCCUUCCAAUGUGUUUACGGAAAUAAAAGAAAUUAAUAGAUUAACGACAGACAAUCCUUGGAUUGAGAAACAAUAAAAUUCAUGCCACGUUGUGUAUCAGGAGUGUGGAAUUUCAAGCCUCCUUAAUUUAGACGGAGCGAUCGGACAAUCCUGACCCGUGUCCAGGGAGCUUUUGCUGGUGCGUAACGUGUGUGUGUCGAGUGGUCACAUGGCACGCUGCUCAUAAUCCGUCACGUGUGAAUAAAAGAUGGCACCCACACGCUUGACUCUCAGGCAUGUCGAAGGAUUUUAUGUCCAAUCUCGACAUUUCGGUGCGUGUAGAUGUCGGUCCCACAGGUGCUCGUCUUAUGGAUCGACUAGAUCAGUGAUUGUGGAAGAGCUCUUCCCAUUCCAUGAAAUUCCGAUGUCGGCAUUGCAAUCGGCGAACAAGCGUCCUACCAAAAAUGGGCUUAGCAGAGUCGAUCUGAUCAAAUUUUGAUUCAAAAUGGCAAACAAAUCUGAAGACUACAUAGGAUGGCACAUCUUUUGAAAAAUUCAGGUUCCAAGAGAGAUGUCGAUUGUUUAAUCAAUCCACCGUGACAUACUUCACAAACCUUUAGUGGCUCAUCAUCAUUACAUACAUCGGUGACUCGUGACCCUCUGCAACUUAAAGUCGGCAAACCGACGCACAGCUUAACAAACUCUGGUUUAAGGAUAUCAAACAAUUCGCCGAUUAAUGACAGACCUCACCGCUGGAACGUUGAUACGAGACAUGGCUCGAUUUUGUUUCAUUCACACGGGUGUGCGCUUACAGGAAUUUUAAGCAUCAUUAGUUUAGAGAGAGCAGUCGGACAAUCCCGCUCCGUCAUCAAGGAGCUUUGGGUGCCAUACCGGUGGUGCGCGGUCACAUGGUUUGCGCUCAUAAACCCUGACGUACGAACAAAAGACGAUAAUCACACACUCGACUCUGAGGUGGACUCCGCCUGUCGAGGUUUUCGUGUGCCAGCGAGUGUGUAACCACGAGACGUGGAUCAAGGCUCGACAACUGUCAUGGCGUGAAAAACGGUUUUUACACUCCAUGCCCCAUAGGGUUCAUUGUGAAAUGCCAGGACUUGCUCUGUACAGUUUUUAAAUUUAUAAGAAAUGCUUAUAUUUACAACAAAAUGUUGCAUGUCAGACGCAUACAAGACGGUGUUUGUGAAGAAAUAACUUUGACUUGAAAAUUCCAAACUGAUCCCUGAACUCUUUUAGGGCGGAGUUUUGUUUUUUUCCCCCCCAGAGUUGAAUAUUUUUUCCCAAACACUCAAAACGACGAUUUCACACAACAAUCAAUCAAAAACAAUCAUGAAUGCCAAAUGUCACCGCGCUGGAUGUCAUCUGAGCCUCUACUGUAGUCCUGUGGACCCCCCGUCACUGCAGGUUUUGUUCCCACCCGUUUUCUCUUUUUCAAUGAAGUGAGCUCUUAUUGCCCAGUUUCUGUGUUUUGGAUCAAUGGUCGAAACUAAGUUUGGUAAAUUUGUAUUAAGAUGUACUAAGCACUUGUAUGGGAAAUGCACCCUUUACUUUUUAACAAUAUUUCCAUGCAGAAUCCCGUUGUUCUUUUCCGGUUAUUUUAAUCCAUGAUUUACUAAUUAGUGGGCCUGACGCUAAAGUAGUUGCAGCCUUCGAUCAUUCAGUGUGGUCUUCCCAGGGGUCUGCUCUUCUCCUUUUUAAUUGUUGUCAUUAGGAUACAACAAAAGAAGCAAACUACACAGAAAUGGGACAAAAUAAUAAAAAAAGGAGUUAAGCAAUUAGAGAUAUUGGAAAAAAUAGAAAUAUUUCUAAAUAUUUUAUACUGGCUGUGUAAGCCCGGGGUCCUACAAUCUUUUGAAAUCAUCAGAAAAUAAACUGAAAUGUCGAGAUGUCAGGUAAUUGAAAGGAACGACUUUGGGCGUCUCCUAGGAGAAUUCAUUUUGCCGAAGUGCUCGCCUCACUUGUGUUAUUAUCGGCUAAGCGACUUGGUCCGUCUUCGAGGGUUUCGUUUCACCGAUGGUAGCGACUAAGCGACUUUGUCCGCCUUCAAAGGUUUCGUUUCACCGAUGUUAGCGACUAAGCGACAUUGUCCGUCUUCGAAGGUUUCGUUUCACCGAUGUUAGCGACUAAGCGACUUUGUCCGCCUUUGAAGGUUUCGUUUCACCGAUGGUAGCGACUAAGCGACUUUGUCCGUUUUCGAAGGUUUCGUUUUGCUGAUGUCCUUGUCUUGCUUCUCUAUUAGCCGCUAAGCAAGUGACCUUCUCUUUGAAGGUUUCGUUUCACCGAUGUUAGUGACUAAGUGACUUUGUCUGUUUUCGAGGGUUUUGUUUCACCGAUGGUAGCGACUAAGUGACUUUGUCCGCCUUUGAAGGUUUCGUUUCACUGAUGGUAGCGACUUAAGUGACUUUGUCCGUUUUCGAAGGUUUUGUUUCACCGAUGGUAGCGACUAAGCGACUUUGUCCGUUUUCUAAGGUUUCGUUUUGCUGAUGUCCUUGUCUCGCUUCUCUAUUAGCCGCUAAGCAAGUGACCUUCUCUUUGGAGGUUUCGUUUCGCUGACGUGCUCGCCUCGGAGGUUGGAGCCCUUACCCCGACUCCACUUCUCACUUCCGGGCCAGACAGACAGACACACCCACUUCCAUGGGUAGACGUUUAUUUGUAAGAUAUGUAAAUAUCAAAUAUUGUGUUAUUCUGAAUGUAGAACAAAAAGUCCAGCUCGUUAAAUGAGAACAGUUAUUAUCACGGAUUGUGACUCUGGUUGGAACAAAAGCCUGCAGCCACAGAGGGUCCCCAGGACUGAGUUUGAGGACCCCCUGCUCAAGGUCCCAUCCAUAUCACCCCCCUGAGAUGUUGUAGGCUCGGCCUACCUGUUGGUCUCGUCAGACGUUAGCCGAAAGGCGACUCCAGGAAAGAGCAGCCUUAAGUGGUCCAGUGGCCAGUAAUCCAUCAAGACCACCAGCAAACCGUGCCAUCAUAUGAAGUCCGGUAGCCAGCUUGAUGUCUGGGUAUUCCUCCUGAAGCUCACUGGAGGCGCAUCAGCGCAGGUACCUCACUCCCCUGUGCGAUCGGCAGAUCACUCGCAUUAAAGUCCGACUCCGCGAUAACGCGUAAAACGUCACCCACGCAGUAUUAGGCUUCGCGUUGUUCUCUCAGCAGAUCCCGGUGUCGGUUUUGUUUUCUCUUCACUUCUCACGCACACUCGAGGCUUAAACGUCAAGUCGCCGAGUCUAACGUUCCUCCUGACAACGAGAGUCUACCUCUAACAUAAUGGCGAGUUUUGUCGGCGUUUACAGCUGAUUUUCACCCUCCUCUCCUGAAUAUCGACUUAUGUCAACGUCAGCCCUCAGGGUGUACGUGUCAGAGAACGACGACACCCGAGCCAAGAAGAGUCAAGAAACAUUUCUAACAAAUGAGCACAAGAUGGCGCUUUAGCAAUUAGUGUGGUUGGGACUUGGAUACAAGUAGGCGGGGCAAACUCCACCGAAAAUGGUGAAUUAAAAAUAAAACGGCGAAAAGGAAAUGUAUGAAAUUAACCCUUAAACCGCCACAUACUUGAGGGUUAAUGCACCCCCCCGGACGCCAAAUACUUUUUGCUGCACUUUUUAAGUAAACCUCAAAAUUCACAAAGAAAACGUGACAUUUUAACGAAACACGUUUAUGUUAUUCCUGCAAAGAGCCUCACAAUUACUGCGACGCUGGUCAUUUUACACCCUGCCAAUGAACUAUAAAACUACUGGAACAAUCUGUCAUGAUAUGGACAAGGGGCAAGUGACGCCACUGAUGAAAUUCACUGACUCGCCUGAACUGGUGGCACGUGAGCACACAGGGACUGGGAGGCUGCGGUGCUGCAGGGGGCGCCACUGGUCACGAGCCUGAUCAGCUCUGGCAUGCUGGCAAAUUUCACUGGGAAGCGACUAUAGUCGGUCAUGGCAAAAAUUCCUACCAUCGAUGACUAAGCGGGUACCCACACUGGCAGUUCGUUCCGUGCCCAAGUCCGUUUGUCUGCAUGUAUCCCCCAGCAGUCUCAUUCAUUUGACUAGUGGGAUCGCUCCGUGCCGGGCCAACUGUACCACCCUGUGCCCUGAACCAGUUAGAAGAGGUGGGGCCGACUCGGUCAGCAGCAGUCAGAGCCACACAAUAAGGGACAUCGUUUUGACAUGCGCGCUGUCACCGCGUGUUCGGAUCUUGGUUUGGCUUUGCACGAAGUCGCACGGUGGGCCCAGGCUCAGAACGGCUCAGCGGCUGGCACAAUCAGGCUUGGGCACAAUAUGGAACAAACGGGCCUACUGGGAGUGCACCCUUAAAAAAAAGGAGGAGUCUGAUGAACUCGGUCAAGGAAGAAGUCGACCAAAGUCCACAUGGAGGUUCGAAGGCUGCAACUGUUUGUGAACGAUGACGACAGCAGCGACAGUGACGUCCCUCCACGUGGAUCAGCUGGUUUCCCACACUAGAGGGCAGCAGAGACUGAGAAAUGGACGGAGGCUCGCGCACCACAGGCGUCCCGUUACCGUCACAACAAAAACCUCCAGCCACCGUGGCCCCCCAGGACUGAAACUGUCCGCCACUGUGUUAGGGCGUUUGUCCCUUAGGGUGCGGCUCAAAUCACAGUGACACUUGAGUGGCCGUCACCGUAGCCCUGGUAUGACCGUCAUUGUCAGAGAUGAAGUCCUGAUGAACUUCACCGAGAAAGGAAAUUCAAUCCCAGCAACAGAACAGAGCAGAACUGGGAAACGGCCUUCCGUUUGUUAUUCAAAA